GCACCGCGCUCGUCAUGGCGUCGGCCAUUUUAUACGCGCGUUGCCCAGCUAACCCAACUCUCGUCCGCCCCCUGCGUUUUCAUCUUCACCGACGCUGACUCCAUCGUCGUCAUCAUCAUCACCGUCGCCGUCCAACGUGCAUAUCGAACUUCGUCUUGGUUUCCGCUAGUCCGAGACGCUCUAUUUAUCAAACCAUAGCGUUAGUACAGUACGCUUUUGGCGCACCGCUACUUUCACGACCAGACUACGCCUGCAACACCUGCACCGCCAACACUUGAUCGACUUGCUUACGACGACGCCGCCGAUUUGUUGACGCCAUGUCUUCGAUCGAAAUGAAUGACAACGCCAACGGAGAGAUGCCUUCGGAAUCCAAACCAAACGAAUAUGUAUCUGCCCUGGUCAAGGAAAAGUACGCUUUAGACGCAUCCUCACAUAUCAACACAAUGAAACUUAUUGACGAUGAAAUUGCCAGAGCACAAAACACCAACGGAAAACCAGAGUCUGCUUAUUUGGAUAUAAAUAGUGAUAAACCUAUCCGGCUUACUGCCAAAAUUAUGGUUCCAGCAAAAGAAUUUCCAAGGUUCAACUUUGUUGGUAAACUAUUGGGACCUAAAGGAAAUUCAUUGAAACGUCUCCAAGAAGACACUAUGACCAAAAUGGCAAUAUUGGGCAAAGGAUCAAUGCGUAACAAAGAAAAAGAAGAUGAGAUGAGAAGUUCAUUGAAUCCAAAGUUUGCACAUUUAGCUGAUGAACUCCAUGUUCAAGUUACUGCUUAUGCCCCUCCUGCUGAAGCUUAUGCUCGUCUUGCUUAUGCACUUGCGGAACUCAGGAAAUUCCUGAUUCCUGACCACAAUGAUCAAAUUGCACAAGAACAAGCACGUGAAAUGCAACAAUUUGGUGGUGCUCCACCUGUUCGUCAUCCAGGACCCAUAAUUCAUGCUCCACCACCUCCUCCCGCUGUCAUUCGUCAAAUGCCUCCUCAACCACCUCGUAUGCCAAGGGCUCCAGUUCCUGGAAAAGCUAAAGUAAUGAGCAUUUUGGAUAGAGCUCGAUCAGCAAUGGAAGGUUCGAAUGCUUACCCUGGCAGUGGAGGCUAUGGAGAUUCUGGUUCAUCUCAUUAUUCUCAUUUUGAUUCGGGGUAUGGUGGUGUAGCAACAUAUAAUGGAGGAGACAAUUCACAAAGUAGUGGCGGCCGUGGUUGGAAAAAUUACAAUACUGGCGGUAGCGGAGGACCAUCCAAACCGACUGGCAAUCAAGGUGGUCGGUAUGGUGGUCGCAAUGCUCCAUAUACCAGACAAAAAUAAUCAGGUAUUUGUCAAGACUAUUUCUAUUGUAAAUGAUAUUGACAACAAAGAGAAAUAUUGGGUAGAAUAAUUUUUUUUAAUAAUUUGAUAUUUCAUAAUUAUCUCAAAAUAAUUUUCCACUUAGUAAAAACAAAUUAUGGUAAUCUUAUAAUUUUUUUUUUAUAUUGUACAUCCAAAUUAGAAGUUUGUGUGUAACAUGGGAUAUUGAGUCCCAACAUAUUUUUCUUAAUCAAAUAUUAUAAUUAUGUAAGGAAUAAAAAUUAAAUAAUAUAUAAUAUGUAUAUUGGCGUGUAAAAUCUA